AUAAGACACGUAUCCAGUCUCAUUUAUAUGCGCAUGAUCCAGACUCUGACAACCAUUUCUACACUUUGUCCACGUGGAGAGAUUGACCAAUGACCAUCCAUGCAUGUACUUGCCGUGCAGAACACGCACGGUGAGGCCAAGUUGCACACUCCUACGUACUGCAGUGGACUGGAAUGUACGUAUAAACGUUGAUCGACAAUAGCUACACGCCGAGCCAACAAAUAUUACUACCGUGUGAGCGGAGCAGAGCACUGGGCACCACAAAGCUAACCUCCCGGUUCUUCUAGCCACGCUCCUGAUCUCUUCGCCAUGGACGCCGUGUCCUCAUGCUCGCCGCUGCGCAUUGUGAUCGUCCCGUGGCUCGCAUUCGGCCACAUGCUCCCGUACCUGGAACUCUCCGAGCGGCUCGCCGCGCGGGGCCACCGCGUGUCCUAUGUCUCCACGCCGCGCAAUCUCGCCCGCCUCCCGCUCCCGCUGCGCCCCGCGGCGGCGCCGCGCGUGGACCUCGUCGCGCUCCCUCUCCCGCGCGUCGACGACCUCGCCGACGGCGCCGAGUCCACCAACGACGUCCCCGACGACGACCGCGAGCUCCACUGGAAGGCCUUCGACGGCCUCGCCGCGCCGUUCGCGGAGUUCCUGGCCGCCGCGUGCGCCGACGAGACCACGCGGCCUCACUGGAUCAUCGCCGACUCUUUCCACCACUGGGCAGCCGCCGCCGCCCUAGAGCACCAGGUGCCAUGCGCGAUGCUUCUCCCGACCGCUGCGUUGAUCGCCACCGCGCCCCACCUGCCGCCGGAGCACCGUGGAGCACGUGAUCUUCCCCGUUACGAGCAGGAGGUGAUGGACCCGGCUUACAACAACUAUGGCAUAUCGGGUAUGUCCAUCAUCCGGCGCUUUAACUUGACAAAAGACAGGUGCACCGUCGCGGCCAUGCGGAGCUGCAUCGAGUGGGAACCCGAGUCCUUCCCACUGGCGGCGCCGCUCCUCGGCAAGCCGGUCGUUCCCCUCGGCCUUCUGCCGCCGUCAGCCGACGGAGCCCGCCGUGCCGCUGCCAAAGGAGCAGAGCAUGCCACCGUGCGCUGGCUGGACGCGCAGCCUCCCGACUCCGUUGUUUACGUCGCCCUAGGAAGCGAGGUGCCGCUGCGCGUGGAGCAGGUGCACGAGCUGGCCUUCGGGCUGGAGCUCGCCGGGACGCGCUUCCUCUGGGCCCUGAGAAAGCCUAGCGGUGCCGCUGUACUCGACGACGAUGGCGUGGACAUGCUUCCUCCUGGUUUCCAAGAGCGCACUCGCGGCCAGGGGCUGGUGACCACGGGAUGGGUUCCUCAGGUAAACAUCCUGGGGCACACGGCCGUGGGCGGGUUCCUGACACAUUGCGGCCGGAACUCGCUGAUCGAGGGCCUCAUGUUCGGGCACCCGCUUGUCAUGCUGCCCAUCUUCGGCGACCAAGGGCCAAACGCGCGGCAAAUGGAGGCGAAGAACGUGGGGUUGCAGGUGGCGAGGAAUCAGGACGACGGGUCGUUCGACCGCCACGGCGUCGCGACAGCGGUCCGGGCCGUCAUGGUUGACGAAGAGGCCAGGAGGGGCUUCGUGGCAGGUGCAGCGAAGAUGCAGGCGGUAGUAGCUGAUACGGAACUUCACGAUAGUGCUGCCGCCUCGAACUCCACCUCCAGCUUGGCUCUUACUUCAUGAUAAAUAAGAAAAGGGAUAAGUAUAUUUUUCGUUCCUCAA